CCACGAGCCUGACGGGAAAAUGACCACCAGGUUCAAGAAGAACCGGAAGAAGCGCGGUCACGUCAGCGCGGGCCAUGGCCGCGUUGGCAAGCACCGCAAGCAUCCAGGUGGUCGCGGUAACGCUGGUGGUCAGCACCACCACCGCAUUAUGAUGGACAAGUACCACCCUGGCUACUUCGGCAAGGUCGGUAUGAGGCACUUCCACUAUGCACGGAACAAGUACCACUGCCCCAUCAUCAACCUGGACAAGCUGUGGACCCUGGUUGGCGAGGAGGCUCGCGAGCAGGCCGCCAAGGACAAGAGCUCUGCUGCCGUCAUUGAUGUGACGAAGUAUGGCAUUUCGAAGGUGCUGGGCAAGGGUCAGCUGCCUGAGCAGCCGGUGGUGGUGAAGGCCAAGUUCUUCUCUUCGCUGGCUGAGAAGAAGAUUCGGGCUGUUGGUGGCGACUGCGUUCUCACUGCAUGAGCGUUGCUCAGUGGCCCCGUGGUUCUGGCGUCCUACGCGGUUAGCCUGCACCGCUGUCCUGACAGCCAGUUUGCAGCUGCUGCAUUGCGCCAGGCCACUGACCUGAGGGGCUUUUGACCUCGUGUAACGUGUGAGACACAAUCGCG